CAAAGGCUCGAAUCAUGCGAACUAGUUUGGCCGAGCACAAGCGCGCAUUCCGCAAGACGGCCAAUGCAUCAUCGUCCAGCGAGAUACGCGAAUCCGCUUCAUCGAAGGCACCGUAUCGCCAAGCUAGGAAGUCGGGUGUCUUGACGUUGCCGGCGAAGGGACUGACCACUUUCCCCGACGAAGCUCUGCAUUUGAUGGACUUUCUCCAGCCAGAUGAGAAGGGAUGGGAGUGCGUGGACUUGAUCAAGGUGGACCUCAGUCACAACGACAUUGCCGCCAUCCCCCCCGACAUCCAAGGUCUCUCGGGCCUGCUGUCGUUCAAAAUGUGCCAAAACAAGUUGGUCGACGUACCCGUGGAGCUGUUUUCAUUGACGUCGCUGGCGUACCUGGACCUGAGCAACAACUGCUUGGGCGGAGCAUUCCCUGACCCUCUCGGCCGGCUCAACAACCUAAAGGAGCUAGUGCUGUCGGGCAACAAGCUCACAAGUGUACCUGCGUCCAUCGGAGACCUGAGCAAACUCGAAGUGUUGCGGCUCGAAGACAACCUCCUCGUUGGGUUUCCUGAUACGAUCGGGGGUUUGCAAAAGCUGCAGACCCUGACAGCCCAAAACAACGAGAUCGAAGGGAUCCCACCUUCGUUCAAGGACCUUCGGCACAUUGCCACGCUCGACCUGAGCAAGAACAAGCUCACGAGCCUCAUCGGGUGCCUCAAGCACAACGAGCGCCUCAAGUUCCUGGACUUGCGGCAGAAUCGCCUGGCCACGUUCCCUGAGCUGCCGUUCGAGUGCACGUUGGACACGCUAUUUCUCGGUUUCAACAGCCUCACGUCGAUCAACGGCGCGUCGCUGGUGCGGGCCAAAGACCACUUGACCGUCCUCGACCUCCGCGACAACAAACUGCCGCUCCUACCCGACGACGUGUGCCAACUCCACAGGCUCAAGACGCUGGACGUGUCCAAUAACGACCUCUCUGACCUGCCACCAGGACUGGGAUACUUGACCCAUCUGCACCAUAUCUUGACGGAUGGAAACUCGAUGCGGGCCAUUCGACGAACGGUGCUUACAUCAGGGUGUGAACCUCUGAAAAAGUACUUGCGCACACGUGGCAAGCCCCCGAGCGGCGUGAACGCGCUCGACGAAGAGUUCGACGAGUUCAACAAGGAGCCAACAGCCACCGACGUCGAAGUCGGCUACCUCUUGCGCGAUGCGUCCGCUUCGGGAACAUUGGACCUGUCGGACAAAAAAUUUUCUAAAGUGCCGUUGGAGUUUUGGCCGCGGGAUUCAAUGGUGGACAAGUUGCAAGUGCUGGAUUUAGCCAAAAACGGACUCGCCCUCAUUCCGUUUGACAUUGGCCUUUGCGUCAACUUGCAUACGUUGGUCCUGGACGACAACCUCCUCGAGACCCUUCCUUCGUCGAUCGCCAGCCUCGGACUCCUGCACACCCUUCGCUUGCGCAAAAAUAACUUGGCUGAAGCUGCCUUUGACCACGUGUUGAGCCAAGGCACCCCGUUGUCUUGUCGUGUCAAGGAGCUGGAUGUCAGGAACAACGCCCUGCGCUUCGUUCCCAGCGGCGUCGUGCACUUGACGUCUUUGCAAACGUUGCUCUUGUCGUACAAUGCAAUUGCGCAGUUGGAAAACAUCGACUGGUCGCGGUUGCAGAGUUUGUAUGUGCUCAGUAUCUCGGACAACAAGGUACGCAACUCAUAUUGCUUUCUUCACAGUAAUAGUAGUUGACAAUAUAUAUAUAUAUUUCUCAAAGAGCACACUACUUACAUCGUACAUAACGGUAUGACCAUAGUUGGUAUCGCUCGGCAAUUUGUAUCAAUCGCCAAAUCUUACGUCGCUGUCGGUCGAAAACAACAAUUUAAAUCAAGUACGAGAGUGACGCAACCACCACCACAUAUUGGUACACAUAAUAUAUCUCGGGUAGAUACCGGGCGAGUUUGGGCUCAUGAAGUUGAAAACACUGGCGAUGAAUGGGAACCCCCAGCGCACGGUGCGCUUGGCCACGAUCAACAAGGGGAUCGACGAAGUGCUGCUGUUUCUGCGCAAUAAACUGACCCCGUCUGAGAUCGAAGCUUUUUCGAACAAGCCCACUCAACUCAGUCCAGCGAGCCCCAUGGAGGUUGAGGCGAAGGUUCCGCUGGUGAAGACAUCGACGCGUCCAGUAGUCGGAGCUACUUCAUUCACUUCUCGACCUCCAGUUGCACCUACUGGUGCCCCCCCCCUUCCUAGCCAACAAAGGGAGAGUGCGGUGGACGAAGUAGUUGCUACGACGAUAACUGCUUCCUCUGUGGAUCUCCGCAUCGCGACAUUGUCCGAGCAGUUGGAAGACCAUGGACUCUCUGCCGCGAAACGAUACGCGCUCAAGAAGGACUUGGCCAAGGCGCGGGCUGAAAAGAUCCGGGAAAGCCGCAGCAAAACCACGAAUUAGACAAGGGUGGAUGAAAUAUAAUGUGUUUACGAUGGAUGUUGUGCUCAAACGACUCGAUUGCUUGGGAGGUUGGUGUUGAGGCCUGCGUUGAUCUCGUGCCGCUUGGCCCAAUAGCUUCUCUUGUGUAAACAACACUCGGCAAAGAACCCUGCGAUCGCAAGUACGCCGAUGGCCACUCCUGCGUACACCACGCCAGGCAAGCCGGCAGAGGUCGUCUCGCUCACGGGAAGGGUCACCACUGGCGCCGUGGCAUUCGUGAAGAGGAGUGAGCUAUUGGUAGUCGCCGUUGCAACUAACGCGCUCACGCAUGACUGUCUGAUAGGAACGAGUGAAGGGUCGUACCAGAAUGGAUCGAUGCCAUCGUG